AUGGAGCUCAUCUCAGAGACUGGUUUGAGUGGAUUCAAGCCAGUUACAACUCUAAUGGAACUCAAUCAUAAGUUGACAACUGUGGACUAUGACAACCAUGUUGGAAGCACAGGAGAUAGAAUACUAGAGGAUGCUGGAAGCUAUCAAAAAUUGAUAGGAAGAUUGCUUUACUUAACCAUCACAAGACCAGAUAUAAGUUUUGAUGUGCAAGUGUUAAGUCAAUUCAUGCAGAAUCCUAAGCAAUCGCAUAUGGAUGCAGCCUUGAGAGUGGUGAGAUGUAUCAAGGGAUCUCCAGGAUUGGGUAUUUUACUAAAAAAGGGUGAGACAUAUAACCUGAUAGUAUUUUGCGACUCAGAUUGGGCAGCUUGCCCUAAUACUAGAAGGUCGACCACAUGGUAUAUAGUUAAACUAGGGGAUUCCUUGUUGUCCUGGAAAUCCAUGAAGCAAAAAACAAUCAGCAGAAGCAGAAUAUCAAAGCAUGGCAGCAACUAUUGCAUAAGCAGUAUGGAUGGUUGGAUUGCUGGAGGAAUUGGGCAACAAUGUGAUCAAACCUAUACAUCUACAUUGUGA